AUGUACAUUGUUUUGGAGUACCGCAAAGGGGGUGACCUUUCCAUGUAUAUUAACCAACAUCAUGGUCGAAUCCCAGAAGCAAUUGCAAAACACUUUAUGCAGCAGCUAGUGGAGGGUCUGAAAAUUCUUCGUGAAAACAACCUUAUACAUCGAGAUCUAAAGCCCCAGAAUCUCCUCCUGUACACUAAUGACAACAACUCUGUUUUGAAGAUUGCUGAUUUUGGCUUUGCAAGAUCUCUACAACCUAAAGGCCUUGCAGAAACCUUAUGCGGUUCACCACUCUAUAUGGCUCCUGAGAUUAUGCAACUGCAAAAGUAUGACGCAAAGGCAGAUCUCUGGAGUGUUGGUGCCAUUCUAUUUCAGCUUGUCACCGGGAAAACCCCAUAUAAGGGGAACAAUCAGAUACAACUGCUCCAGAACAUUAUAAAAUCAACUGAGUUGCAAUUCCCACCUGAUGUGAAGAAUUUGAAUCCUCACUGUAUCGACUUGUGUAGGAAAUUGCUACGCUGCAAUCCAGUGGAGCGAUUGACAUUCGAAGAAUUUUUCAACCAUCCAUAUCUUUCUAUGAGGCAGUCUGAUGAAUCAUUCAGUGGGCCUGACAAGAGUCUAUCUUCUGUAAGGAGUUCCACUGUGAGAUGCACCUAUGGAUUUUCUCUCGACUCAAAACCUGACAGGAGGGAAUAUUCUGAUCUCUCUAACAAAAUGGAUCUUUGUUCUGAGUACGGUAAUGGCCCGUGUAAACCAGGAACUAUUGGAUCUGGUCUUGACUGCUGCCUAUUUUCAGAAGCAAACCUGAAAGAAUCUUUGAAAACCACAGACCCUAGAUCAGUAAAUUAUAACUUAAAAGUUGUGGAUUUGGUGGAGUCAGAUCAAGAUUAUGUCCUCGUGUCCGGCCCCACAAUGGAGUCAUCUUCAGUACGUGCUUCUAAGACAAGUUAUUUGGCUUCUAAAUCUGCAACUGAUAUAGUGGAUCACAUUGAAUUAGAAAGUCACAGCUCUGCUCCUGGGACUUUACAGGGAUCAAUCAAUAUAGUAAACACUUUAGAACUGUCAUCUACUGAUUGCAUGACAAGGAUCAAGUCAUUGCAGAGUUGUGCAUCUGCCAUAACUGAAUUAGUAACCGAAAAGGUUGAAGCAGGAAAAUAUCUAGAUGCAUUCUCAAUUCAGCUUAUUGUUCUUGCCAUAUGGAAGCAAGCAUUGCAUAUUUGUCACGCUCAAGCAGCGUCAGCUGUUGAACGAAGUCUGGCACAAGAGACCACAAAAUUGAGGAUAAUCUCGAAGGUGCAGCAUAAUCCUGUUGUCCAAGAGUCUCGUGACACUGCUAACACCAAGGGGCUGGUGGAGAUCUGUUCUCAAAUUGAGAGAGCAUUUCUUUAUGAAGUGGGAAGUGCCGAGGAACUUGCCAAGGUAGUGGUCACUGGAGAAUUUGAGAUGCCUGAUCCAAUGGAAUUGAUAUACCGAUUUGCCCUAGCUUUCGGCAGACAUGCGGCUGUUGACGAGUAUAUGGGCGAUACAGAAGUUGCCGUAACUUACUAUUCAAAAGCAAUUCGGCUGUUGACAUUUCUUCUGGUGGAAGCACCAUCCCUCGUUCUAAAUCCCCCAUUUUCUCUCAAAAGCUCAGACCGGAAUAGAAUUCAGAAUUACACUGAUGUCUUUAAUAAGAGGCAACGCAUUUCAGAAUCUCGAAUAAUGGCCGUCUUCAAGUCUGAGGAUCAGCCAACCCCACCAUGA